CUCUUUCAAAUCAGGACAGGCAGAGGCCUAGUGUGGGGUGUGUGUGUGGCGGGGGUUUCCCGGCUGCUUGGCCUUCUUUCCAUCCACCCUCAUCCUCCUCCUCUUCGCCCCGGUAGCGGAAGCUCUCCUGCCGGCCAUCUCGGAAGGUGGAGGAGGAGUCGGAGGAGGCGGCAGCGGCGGCGGCUCCUCUGCCUGUUCAGGCGGGGCGGGAAGCGGAAGGAGGGGACACCCGGCGCGGCCUGGUGAGUUACCCCCCGGCCCGACUAGGCCGCGGCCUGGCCGUUGCCUUGGCAACCAGGCCUUCCAGCCACAAUGUCAGAAGGGGACAGUAGCGGUGAGUCGAUCCAUGGGAAGCCUUCCGUGGUCUUUAGAUUUUUCACGAGACUUGGACAGAUUUACCAGUCCUGGCUAGACAAAUCUACUCCGUACACAACAAUCCGAUGGGUCGCAACAUUGGGUUUAAGUUUUAUCUACAUGAUUAGAGUUUAUUUACUGCAGGGUUGGUAUAUCGUGACGUACGCCUUGGGUAUCUACCACCUAAAUCUCUUCAUAGCUUUCUUGUCGCCAAAGGUCGAUCCCUCCCUCAUGGAAGAUUCAGAUGAAGGGCCUUCAUUACCGACAAAACAGAACGAGGAAUUCCGGCCUUUUAUCCGGAGGCUGCCAGAAUUCAAGUUCUGGCAUUCUGCCACGAAAGGCAUCCUGGUGGCCAUGACCUGUACAUUCUUCGAAGCUUUCAACGUUCCAGUGUUUUGGCCGAUUCUGGUGAUGUAUUUCAUUAUGCUGUUCUGCAUCACGAUGAAGAGGCAAAUCAAGCAUAUGAUAAAAUACCGAUAUAUACCCUUCACCCACGGCAAGAGGAGAUAUAAAGGAAAAGAAGACCCAGGAAAAACUUUUGCUAGCUAGAAAAAAAACCCUCUUUCAAACCUUGCUGACCAACUUUUCUCCCCCCCCUCCCACCCCCCCAGCGUUAUAAUUAAAAAAAAUCGGUUUUGAGCCAUUGUAACGAUGCCUCUCUGUCCUUCAUCAUCGAUCGUCCAUGAGCGAUCCGGAGGAUUCGUUUCGGUCUCUUCUGCGGAUUCGAGAGGGGUAGGCGUGCGUCUGUGUGUGUCUGAUUCCUAAUGCCUUUCCGUGUCCACAGAAUUCUGCCGUUUCGACCGCAUCUUCUGAAUUUUGCGGCUCUGUUUUAUCCGUCCACGGCCUUCCUUUCCCCCCCCUCCCUUUUAUUUUGUUUUCCUUCGGACGUUAUCACAUGUUUACACAUACAGUAGGUACGUCUCUCUCUCUCUGGGAUCUUGGCUUUCCAGAUUUGGCUGGCGGCCUUCACAAAUAUCUAAAGGACGCCUCUUGCAUUGUAUUCCACGUGGAAUAAAAUAGGGAAUUAGAAGCCGAAUAUUCUUUGGGAAGGCCGACAGCUAGUAUGAAGAGUUAAGGAAAAAUGAUCGGUUAUUAUUAUUAUUAUUUUUUGUAAUUCUCCAACCUAAUCUGCUUGCUGAAAACGAGAGAAUUGUAAUUUGCGAGAAUGGGAUGCAGCGAUACACGUUCAGAUUUGAGUAAUCCAUACCUCCCUGCUAGUUUUAACUUAAUUUGGGCGUUUUCAAAUUAAACCUCGUCUCGACUGACUGACGGAAAUCAAGCUUGGCUUUUAAAAUGAAGAGGUGGAAGAUGGGGUGGCUGGUAUUAUUAUUAUUUUUGAGGUUUUUCGGUCAAAAAAGCCGUUUUGUAAUUAUUCCAAGAUAUUAUUUUUUUUUUUAAAUUUUGGAAAAAGCCUGGAAUAUAUAUGAUAUUAGGUAAAGAGUAUUUUGACACAUUUCUUUGCUAAAGGGUUGUUUUGUUUUGUUUUGUUUUUAAAGUUUGCUUCAUAGCAAACUUUCCAAGAUGCAACUAGAUUGAACUGGCAGACUGAACUUUAUGGGGCUUUUGCCCAAGCUUAUAUUAAUUUUCUACGGAGAGAAAUCUUAAAACAGCCUGCAUGUAAAAGCAUUUUCGGUGUGAUAUAGCUACGGACAGUUUUUAUUAAGUGACUUUUUAAAUUCCAAAAAAAAAAAAAAGUUUAUUAAAAAAACGAAGACCUUGUCCCGUUCUUGGAUUCAGCCGUCUUUAUAAAACAAAUGUAAAAAGCUUAUGUAUUAUGGUUUCUCUCCGCCCUGCUCUCUUUAAAAUGCGUUAUCAUUUAAUCUUGUGGCAUAUAUUGUAUUUUAGCUGUCUCAAUAAAAACAGCCCUUUGCACUAUU